CUUGGCGCCCCAUUAUCUCUGUAACCUCCUCUCUGCGCACAGCAGUAACCGAACCGGUGCCUCCGCUCUACUACGUCCGACCUCCUUCGCGUCCCCCGAAUUCUUCUAUGAAGCCCAGAGGUACUGGUUCUCAUAGCACAGCCCCACUAUCCCCCACUGAGCCGCACUUUCGCAAGAAGCCGAUUGGCAGAUCCCGGUUCUCUGAGGUUCUCCUGAACUUUGAGUUAUUCACACGGACACCAUUUAACGCAGGAUUCGUUCGUUCGGGAUGGAUGGGGAAGGGGACUGAUUUUUCUUUUUUUCACCCUCCUUCGGACACGAAUGUGCUGGUGAGUGGCAGCGGAUCUGCUGCCUGUCCCACGCUGCCCAAACCGCGGGGCGUCAUGCGGCGUCUCGCUCUCAGUCUCUUCCAGCGGCGGUCGGUCCAGCGGCUGCUUCGUGCGCUAUUCUCCUGCUCGGAAGCAGCAACAGGCGGAGCGGCGGCCAUGCAGAAAGCGGUGGUGCGCUGCGUGUCGAGCGAGAGCCAACUGACUAUCUCGCUGUGGUUGGGCGGCGGCCACAAGCACAUGAGGCGGGAGCAAAGUGAGAGCCUGGGCGCCGCUUUGGCCAGGAUUGGGCGCAACGCGCUCAAAAGUCGGGACAAGAAGGGCAAGAAGAGCCAGGCCUCGGACACGGGCCCGCCCACCGCGCCGCUUGUAGCUCUGUACGUGGGGGAGUGGGUGGUGCCCGAGCACACGAGCAACGCCGAGGCCUGGCAGCAAGGAGCCGUGCUGCAGGUUGGGGAGGCCCGCUUCCAGGUGGAGAGGAACCCGCCCGCACUCACCACCUUCCAGUUACCGGGCUGCCUCAUGGCCGGCUUCCCCGUCUGCCCCAAGCUGGAGAUCGAGUUCGGGGAGAUGGCCGAGUCGCUGCUGCAGUGGCACCGGGAGACGGCGCCUGGGGCCUGGGAGGAGGCGGGUUGGGGUAGGAUCUUCAAUCUGACCAGCGAACACAUUGGCCAGAAGCUGAAGCUGAAGUGUACCCCGGGCAACGGGAGCAGGUACGGCGCCGCCAAGGAACUGGAGAGCGACUCCUCCGUGGAAGCCGGUCCGGGACCUUGUACCUUCGACACCCGCCACCUGUUUACCGAGCUCCCGGAGGAGCAGCCCGGGCUCCGGGUAGUCUCUUACAAUCUGCUGGCGGACGCGUACGCGCAGACCGAGUUCUCCCGGAACACUCUGUACCCGUACUGCGCGCCGCACGCCUUGCUGAUCGAUUACCGGCAGAGCCUGAUCAAGAAGGAGCUGAGCGGCUAUCACGCCGAUAUCGUCUGCCUGCAGGAGGUGGACAAGAGCGUGUUCGAGGAUAGCCUUGGGCCGGCAAUGGAGGCGUUCGGCUUUCGGGGAGUGUUUCGCAUUAAGCAGAAGCAGCACGAAGGUCUGGCAACUUUCUACCGCACCUCCCGCUACCAACUCCUGGAUCAGCACGAUGUGAUUUUCAGUGAAGCGCUGGGUUCCGACUCCAUCCAUUCGGAUUUGUUGGAGAAAGUUUCCAGCAACCCCAUCCUCAAAGAAAAGGUGUUGCAUCGAUCAACUGUUUUGCAGGUUUGCAUCCUUCAGUCUGUUAAAAACUCCAAGAAGCUGUGUGUAGCAAAUACUCACCUUUACUGGCAUCCCAAAGGUGGACAUAUUCGUCUUAUUCAGAUUGCUACAGCUUUUCGUUGCCUUCAACAAAUUACUACAGAGAUGUACCCUGAUGCAGCACUGAUAUUUUGUGGUGAUUUUAACAGCAUUCCAACCACAGGCUUGUAUGAUUUUAUCACAAAGGGGAACAUUUCUGCUGAUCAUUCAGAUUGGGCUUCAAAUGGUGAAGAAGAAGAAUGCAGAAUGUCUCUCAGCCACUCAUUUAAGUUAAAAAGUGCUUGUGGAGAACCGGUCUACACAAAUUAUGUACGUGGAUUUCAGGGUUGCUUGGAUUAUAUUUUCAUAGAUAAGAACACAUUUGAGGUUGAUCAGGUUAUUCCUUUUCCAUCUCAUGAAGAAGUUACCUGCCAUUUAGCUCUACCAAGUGUUUCACACCCAUCUGAUCAUAUAGCACUUGUCUGCAAUCUGAAAUGGAGGUAGACCGGCUGUAAGGCUGCUCCUAUUUCAAUUACUUUUGUGGAUUAAAAAAUAAACUUGCUCUUGAUACCA